AUUUUUUUUUUUUCUCCUAAAGUCGGAGCAAGCACAACAUGAAGAAAUGCAUAUGGUACCAGAAGAGGAAUUAUUCAAGUCAGUGGACAGAAUGGCCGUAGUUUAUCACAUGGAUGAUGAAAAACAGCACCCUAAAAAGAUGUCUGUAUCGGAUGAUUUGCCUGAUGAGUUCUUUGAGAUUACAGUUGAUGAUGUCAGGAAGAGAUUUGCUCAACUUAAAAGUGAAAGGCAGCUGCUUGAAGAAGCACCACUCUUGACAAAAGCAACAAGGGAGUCCAAGAUGAGAGAGAAGUUGAUACGUUACCCAAAGAUUAUAGUUAGAGUGCAGUUCCCUGACAGGCAUGUUUUACAAGGAUUCUUUCGUCCACUUGAAACAGUUGGGGCUCUUGAGGAAUUUAUUAAAGAGCAUCUUAAUAAUCCAGGACUCUCAUUUUAUUUAUUUGUUGCACCUCCGAAACUGGUUCUGGAUGACCCUGCAGCUACACUCUUCAAAGUAAGUUAA